AUGGCUAAAAUAGACACCGAGGAUCUUAGGAAAUUUGAGGAUGAAGAGACUCCUGUUAUGAAAACUCUAAAGGGGACAGUCACGGGACUAGCAGCUGGCACUCUCUGGGGUACGAUUGUUGCCACCUGGCACGAUGUGCCUCGUGUUGAGAGAAGAAUCGCGCUUCCUGGUUUAAUCCGGACUCUGAAGAUGAUGGGUAAUCAUGGAGUCACAUUUGCUGCCAUAGGUGGGGUCUACAUUGGGGUCGAGCAGAUCGUGCAGAAAUACAGGAUGAAAAGAGACUUUAUUAAUGGAGCUGUUGGUGGAUUUGUUGCUGGUGCUUCUAUUCUGGGUUUCAAAGGUAAAAGCAUAUCAACAGCCCUAUCUGCAGGAGCUGCACUUGCUGCAACAUCAGCUGCCAUUGAUAUCGGUGGUCAAACCACGAGAGUCGACACGGGAAAGGAAUACUAUCCUUAUACCCUCAAGAAAAGGCCUACUGUUGAGUAG